AUGAUUAAACAACCAAUUAAUAAGAGAAGACGUUUUGUGGAAGAUAGUAAUGAUGCUUCUCACUCUACACUUGUAGAAAAAGCUGAAGAACCAACAGUUAAUGAUGAAACAUCAACAACAAUAUCGGAACCAACAAUUGAUGAAAAUAUUACAGCAACUGAUCGUUUGGAAUUUGAAAGAGGAUUAUCAAGAAGAAAGAGAAAAACUCUUAAAAAACAAGAAAAAUUUGAGAAAAGAAAAGGUUUAUUACAAAGAAUAACGGAAACUAAAGAAUCAAUGAAUAAGAAUAAGAAACAACAACAAAAACAACAAGGAAUUUUCAGUUUUGAUCCAAUGUCAAAACUUUUACAAAAUGAAGAAACAUCAGAUAUGAAAAAACCAGAAAAACCUAAAAAGGAAUCGAAUGAAGUUGCAAAGAAGAAUAAGAAAAUGAAGAAUGAAAUUGAACAAUUUACAAAUGUUUUAAAUCAUCCAGUUUUUCAAUCCAAUCCUCUUCAAGUUAUUCAACAACAUUUAAAGAAUAAGAUGAAGACACUUCCUCAAUCUUCAAACGAUAAGAAAACACCAACUCCACAACCAACUGUUAAGAAAAAUACUCAACCUAAUCCUGGACAUGCAUAUAAGAAGAAACAAGCUAGAAAAGUUAAAUUCAAUACAAAAAGAGCUAAGGAAUCUUUUGAUAAAAAUGUUGAAUCUGUUGACAAGGCAGUUGCUGGUGUUCCACCGAAUAUUAUGACAUCAAAUAUUGGCUUACCAUUAGGUGGGACUGCUCCGAUGUCGUUACUCAAGAAUAACAAACAACCUGUUAAAAUACUUACAGGAGGUAGUAUUAAUCCACUGCUACAACAACAACAACAACAACAACAUCAAAUAACAUCAGCACAUCAACAACAACAACAACAGGCACCAUCGGAACCUUCAUGGAGGGAUGAAAUUAAUAGAGAGAAGAGAAAGGAAUUAUUUUCAUUGGCAUCUAAAAUUGCUAAUAUUACACAAGAAGAUAAUAAGGACUUUUUAGAGAAAAUUGUGGAUGGUUGGAAAAAGGCUUCUUCAAAAGAAGUAUUUCUAAGUUCAAUAGCAAAAUUGAUAUUUACAAAUUAUAAACCAGCAUCUUAUACAUUAGAAAAUAUUCAAAAGGAAUUGUUUGAUUGUAUUAAUACUAAAUCUAAUAUUGGAACGAGUAAUAUUGCUUCCAAUAAUUUACAAAAUAAUAGCACCGAGGAUUUUACAGCUGUAUAUUGGAAAGUUUAUGAACAAUUGAAAAAACAUGCAGAUUUUAUUAGAGCAGAAGUUUUGACACCCUUACAAAAAAGGCUUGAGGAAAGUAAAUUAAAAUUGGAUAAAUUUCCAAAAGGAUCGAAUGAAUAUGAAAAAUUAACUAUUGACUGUACAAAACAAAAUGAAAAUGCCAAACAUUUAGAAUUUUUACUCAAUUUGUUUAAUACUCCUGAAAAAAAAACUACUUUUAAACCUAACGAGGGUCAUAUGAAAUUUAUUUCUUCUCUGAAAGAAGGUUUAAAGAAGAAAUUUAAAAUUCAAUUUGAUCAAGAUUUUGAUAUUCUGAAAUUACCAGAAAAGGAACUUCAAGCUGGUAUUGAAAUAUUGACUGAAAAUUUAGGAUUUUCAUAUUUAAUUUCAUCAAAUUCAAUUGUAGGAGAUUUAAAUUGUUUUGAUUUAAUACCCUCGACUAAGAAGAGAGAUACUAUACUGAAUUUACCACCAAAUCCUAAAAAGAGACUUGCAGCUAUAGAUAUUAUAAAACGAAGUUUGAUAAAUGAGAAAUCCUCCCUGAAACGUCAUUCAGUUCUGUAUGGACAUUCGAAUGAAUAUGCCGAUGAUUUUGAAUCCACUAUUGAUGAAUCUAAAUCUACGACUACUAAUAGAAAUAGUCUUGGUCGUUUGAUGAUGGUUGGAGGUAGUGGUGAUCGUAAGAGUCUUACCAAUUCACAUCUUCCAACACAUUUGACAAUAACUUCAUCAAGUAUUAUUACUAGUACCAACAAUAAUAAUUCAUCAUCACCGAAUUCUUCUGCUUCUUCUAAUAAGAGAUUUACAGUGUCUUUGGGCACACCAACAAAGGAUAAGAAACAACGUCAUCCGAACGACAUUAAUUCUUCCAACAAACAUUCUAAUGAUCAAUCUAACAGUCAAGAAAAAAGAUUUUCACUUGUCAAUAUGCCAAACAGCAAAAAUAUACUUAAUGACCGUAAAUCAGUUUCACUUUCUCCAAGUUCAACUACCAUUCCAAAACAUAAGAGAUUAUUACAAUUAUCACCAAACAAAUCAUCACUAACAUCAUCAGUUUCAACAUCACCAAUCUUAUCCUCAUCCUCUAACGAAGACGAAGAUAUUUUCAAUAGUUUAAAUCCAUCAAUUAAUAUACAAGAAAUAAUUGCACUUUUGAGAGAUCCAAGUGGAAUGCAAUUGUUUUAUGAGUUUUGUGAACAACAAUUAUGUACUGAAAAUAUUGAAUUAUUUAAAGAAUUAGAAAUACUUGAACAACGCUUGUCAAAUAUUUCAUCAAGUAAGAGAAGUAAACAUAUCAAAUCAAUUCAUGAUAGAUUUCUUAGUAGUUCAAGUGAUAAAGAGGUGAAUGUUUCCCAUUCAAGUAGAAAACUUGUUGAAAGAGAAAGAUUUUCAAAGAAGAUUGAUGUUGAAACUUCCAAAACAGUUUUGGAAUUUUUGAAAAGAGAUGUUUGUACAAAUCUUUUUGAUUCCUUUUCCAGAUUUAUACAAACUAAAGAAUACCGUACUUGGAGAGAAUCUAAAUGCACUAGUCAAAUGAUUAAGAAUUCAUUAGACAAUUUUGAUUGCAUUACUGAUUCCUCUAAUAGACAAUCAAUAGACGAAGAGUUAACUGGCAGUGUUAAUACUAAUACUGCAACUCUAAUUUCGUUGAGUCAUGUUAGUGAUUCUACAUUAGAUCCUGCCUGCACAAUAAUUGUAGAGGAUUUUAACCUUUGA